AUGGAUCCCAUAUUGAUAAAUGCUCAAGUCCAGCUAUGGAGUGCAAAGGCAGGAAUGUCCAAGACAAGAAAUGCACUCAUUGAAGCAUGUAUAGGAAAAAGAGAAGUUAAACUUAUUCUCUAUUUCAACACUGGAAAGAUUAAGACUUUGCAACUAUACAAUAAUAUUAAAAGUGUGGUCCUUCAAACCUAUGGCGAAGACCAGAAUUACCUACAUUUGACUUUUAAAAAUAACGAUUUCUUGUUUGUUGAGAAACUCACCACCACAGAUGCCAGAAGACUGAAGAGAUUCCUAGACAAAAUCUAUCAAGGUGGUAUUCAGCCAGCCAGAAGUGAUGAGAGAUGUGAUGAGCCUAGCACAAGCGCACAUGGGGUGAAUGGCUCUCCACCACUGGAAGUUCAUGCGAAUGCAAGUAGUAAGUGCUUUGAAUCACCCAAAGGAAGUGAAAUGUGCAUGUUUCGUGAGUUGUCUUUGCUUCCAUCCUCAUCGACCUCACUUCACAGUGUAGGAUUAUUGGAAACCCAACUCAUAAAGAGGAAAAGAUUUUUACCUGAUUUAGCAAAGAAUGAAAAACAGAGCGACCUGAAGGGAAAUAUCAGGGAAUUUGAGGCAAAUUUAGUAGUGUGUAUAUCUAAUGAAACAGGAAAAGAAAGGAAUGUAAGAGCAAUAGAAAUCAAUAAUCCAGGGCUUGGAUUUCCAUUUGAGACCAACUAUCCUGAAGAUAGUGGUGUGGAUGUUCGUGAUCUUAAUGAUCUCAUUACAAAAUUAUUUUCACCAGUUCUGUUGGAAACACGCUGUAUUGAGAACGGCCUAGAGUGGCAUGACUAUAUGAAGACAUACUUGCUUCACCCAGAGAAAUCGUGGCAAGGCCUGCCUAAUGUGGGAAAUACUUGCUAUAUAAAUGUUGUAUUACAGUCUCUAUGCUCAAUACCACUGUUUAUUAAUGAUUUAUUCAACCAGGGUUUCCCAUGGAUUAAAGCUCCCAAAGAUGAUUUUAACAUGCGCUUGAUGCAGCUGCUUGUUUUGAAAGAUAUUUACAAUGCAAGAGUUAGACAGAGAUUACUUAUAGGUAUUACAAGAGCCCUCCCUAUAUUUGGAGAGAUAUUUACUGCUGACAGGCAGAAUGAUGCUCAUGAGUUUUUAAGUCUCUGUUUAGUUCAGUUGAAGGAGACUUUCCAAAGAGUAACCAUGAUGUGGCAGUCUGAAAAUGAGUCGGGAGAUUUUUAUUUACUUAAAGAUAUUUUUGCUGAUUAUGCUACUAUCAACAAAAUGCCCAUUUGUCCUGUUACUAAUAAUUUUGAAUUUGAGUUGCUAAGCUCCAUUUUUUGUAAAGCUUGUGGCCUGACUCUUUUUAAGGGAGAACCAAGUAGAUACCUUUCUGUCAACAUUCCCCAAGGAGGGAAAGACAUGUCUAUCCAGUCCACUUUAGAUCUUUUCUUUAGGGCAGAGGAGCUUGAGCAUAGGUGUGAACGGUGUUUGUACAACAAAUCUGUUUCAUUGCACAGGUUUGGCCGGCUACCCAGGGUUAUUAUUGUUCAUCUGAAACGCUACAUCUUUAGUGAGUCAUGGGUAAUGAAGAAGGAUGAGCAGCCCGUCCUUGUUUCCAAAUACUUAAGCCUGUCUUGUCAUUGUAACAGAAGCACAAAACCACCCCCACCCCUUCGCCCAAGUGAACAUGCUAAGAAUCUUGACUUAUUAAAACCCUUUGAAGUGUUGGGCUCCGAAAUACUCAAAUUGCCUUUUAAUUCAGUGAGGACCUCUAGAUCCCAGGGUGUCUCAACUGUAAACAUCAUGUCAAACAGUGAGUCAGAAACAGAAAGUGGGAAGAGGGUCUCUGAAGUGUUGAGUGGAAAAGUGCAGCAGGAAAAUCCAGGGAAAGGUGACACAGCAAAUAUAGUUGGGUCAGAACUUACAAAGGAGACUGAGAAACUCAAGAAACAUGAGAAAGAGCAUAUACCUAGUCAUUUAGAUUCUGAUAGUAUCAGUGAGGCCCAAAAGUACCGACAGGCUGAGAAAUGUAAUGAAGGGAGAAGUGAUAAGCAGAUUUCUCUAGAGGCACUUACUCAAAGCCAUCCAAAACCAGUCUCCCAGGAACAGACAGAAAACCGUGGGGAAGCUACACUGUCACAUACCCAGAACGGUAGUCAGGGUUCACAGGGCUCAUCAGAUUCCAGGAAGAGCCCCAGACGCAGUGAUGUUCUCAAUAAGAAGGCAAAGCCUACAAGCAAGGUGAAUCCAGGAAAGUUAAAUAAGAAAGAUAAUGUUUACAGGCUUGUUAGCAUUAUCAACCAUAUUGGGAACAGUCCCAAUGGAGGCCACUAUAUCAGUGAUGCCUUUGACUUCAAGAGGCAGAGUUGGUUCACCUACAGUGAUCUACAUGUAACAAAAAUGCAAGAGGACUUUGUAUAUAGGGGUAGGAGUUCUACUGGGUAUGUGUUCUUUUACAUGUAUAAUGACAUCUUUGAAGAGCUCUUGGCAAGGGAAACUCAGUCCACCAGCACAUCCAAGGGUUAG